GGAAGUCGGUAUCGCCAGAGUCGGAGUCGCCGCCGCAGCCGCCGCCGCCCCCAGGAGCCGCCGGGACCCUCGCGUCGUCGCCGCCGCCGCCCAGAUCCCCGCACCAUGCCGUCGGAGAAGACCUUCAAGCAGCGCCGCACCUUCGAACAAAGAGUGGAAGAUGUCCGACUUAUUCGAGAGCAGCAUCCAACCAAAAUUCCGGUGAUAAUAGAACGAUACAAGGGUGAGAAGCAGCUUCCUGUCCUGGAUAAAACAAAGUUCCUUGUACCUGACCAUGUCAACAUGAGUGAGCUCAUCAAGAUAAUUAGAAGGCGCUUACAGCUCAAUGCUAAUCAAGCCUUCUUCCUGUUGGUGAACGGCCACAGCAUGGUCAGCGUCUCCACGCCAAUCUCAGAGGUGUACGAGAGUGAGAAGGAUGAAGACGGAUUCCUGUACAUGGUCUAUGCCUCCCAGGAGACGUUCGGGAUGAAAUUGUCAGUGUAAAACUAGAAAAAUGCAUCUAUUCUAGAAUUUUUUAAACCCUUACCAAGGAAAACAAAGGGAUGUUACCAACUGAGAUGGAUCAGUUCAUCUAAUCACAGAUCAUCCAACAGUAGUGUUCCCACCUAGGAGUGUUAGGAAGUUGUGUUUGUGUUUCAGGCAGAAAACUGAGCUCCAAGUGAGCACGUUCAGCUUUGGAAACUAUAUUAUUUAAUGUAGGCUAGCUUGUUUUCAGAUUUUAAAAAUUUAAAAAUAAAAUACUUUGCGUUCUAAGUUGCC